CAGCCAGCAAGGCAGAGCAUGGCGGCCAUCCCCUCCAGCGGCUCGCUCCUGGCCACCUACGACUACUACCGGCGCUGCCUGGAUUCCACUUCCAGCAACAGCUCCUGUGGCAGUACCGAGUGCCCCGGGGAAGUCAUUCCCCACCCCCCAGGUCUCCCCAAGGCUGACCUGGGUCACUGGUGGGCCAGCUUCUUUUUCUGGAAGUCCACCUUCCCGUUCAUGGCCACGGUGUUGGAGUCCGCAGAGCACCCGGAACCCCCCCAGGCCUCCAGCAGCAUGACCACCAGUGGUCUGGCUCGGGACGCCCCGAGUCAGUCCAGCAUAGCCAGCGCUGGGGCCCGGUCCUGACCUGAGCGGUUACCACCAGCCCAGGCCUGUGGAGGCGCUAGUCCACCAGAGCCCCUCCCCGCCCCCCCACCCCCGCCCCCUCCCCACCUCCGCCCCCUCCCCACCUCCCACUCCCCACCCUAUAGACCAGGCGGCUGCAGCAAGCAGACCUUCUCAUCAACACAGCAGACACCAAAAAGGAGUGAGGUCCCGGCUCUCUACCGCCCGGUCCAGGCACUGGCUAGCUUUCCUGGCACCUGGAACUGUGCACCUGGCACCAAGCGGAAAAUAAACUCCAUGCAG